CCCGGGCGCGGCGGGGCGGAGCGGCCGCGGCCCCCGCGCUGCUCCCGCCGUGCCGCCGAGCCAUGGAGGGCUUCGUGGGCUUCACCAACCGCUGCCAGGGCCGCGACCAGCUCUUCCGAGCCACUCAGUACACAUGCAUGUUGCUUAGCUAUUUAAUAGAGAAUAAAGCCGAUAAAAAGAAGCUGGUAAUGAAACUCAAGCAGUUGGAAUCUAGCAUGAGCUCUGGCCGGAAAAUGUUCAGACUGGGCAAUAUGGUGCACGCCUUGGUGGCAGCCAGGAGAGCUGCAGAGCUGCCAGAGGUGGUUCCUCGCCUGUGCCUCACAGCCUCCCACCUGAGCCGGGCCCUGUACUUCGUGUGCGACGCCGUGCUCUGGCUCAGGAGCGUCGGGCUCCAGCCGCACGUCGACAAGCCCAAGUGGCACACCUGGGCUACCAAGUGCUACUACUGCUCCCUCCUGAUGAAUCUGGCCAGGGACUGCUAUGAGAUCUCCUGGAGGCUGGAACAAGCUGCACUGGAAGAAAAGACAAAGGAGAAUUCCGUCUGGCAGAAGCACAGCGAGGAACUAAACGGUGUGAAAAGCGAUGGUUUGCACAAUUUUCUCUGCCUGCUCUUUCAGAUACUGAAAAGGAAUCCUCCUUUGCUGCUGGACUUGGUGAAGAACCUCUGUGAUCUCUCAGGCCCUUUGGAUACGCUGGGAAUCUACAAGACCAACCCAGGAGUGAUUGGUUUCUGCGGCGUCCUGUCCUCCCUGGUGGGGAUCCUCACAUUAGCAAGCCCACACCUGAAGCUGAAACAGUGACAUGAAAGGAGCUGCAUAGUAUAAGGCUGCAGCUUUGAUCCUCUGACAAAUUUUUAUCUUCAUAUAGCACUUUCGAAUGAACAUGUCUUAAAAUAAUCUCAAGAUUAAUUUUGUCCUCUGAAGAAGUGAAUUCUGCCACUUUUCCUUCCCUGUGCCUUUGCAGAUGAGUUUGGUGCCAUGACACACUCACUGAUGGGGUGGAGAGAGGAAAAGGCUGAGUAAUAUUUCACAAACAAAAAGAGGACUUGGAACUUGGCUGCUAGAUAAGAAAAUAUUCCUUUAUUUUAAUACAGGGUUGUGAAAUAACUGCAUAAGCAACUGUAAUAGGUAUUAUGAUUCAUGACUGCACUAAUCAUGUUUACACUGGAACGUUUCAAUUCACUAAUCCAAGGUCCCUGCAGUCAGAUUGCCUCAAGUGGGCUAAGGUGGGUUAGGAGCUGCAUUAGAGCAGCCUGAAGUCAGGAGUGAGUGUUCUGAUGAGUUUGGGUUGCUGGAUCCUGUGCCCUGCAGGCACUGAGCACACUGUGGUGGUACCUGGAAAGGGUCUCUGUGGUGUGUGCACCGGUGGUGCUGGAGCUGCAGUCUAGUGAGUGCCAACUCCUGUCCCAAAAAAUCUGCACUUUCUUUGUUUCCUUUGAUACUGUGAGCCAGGGACUGUUGGCCAGUGACUCUGACUGCUCCAGCAGGCCACAGCUGAGGGCUUUGGUGCAGGACAGUGUAUUAACUCCCAAACCCCUGUAAUUGCAAGCACAACUAUUUUCCAUUAAUGAUAUCGUGAUAAGGAGCUUGUUUUUCUCUUUUAAUUUUACAUGAAAAAUUCCAGUCUAAUAAGGAGUUUGGAACAUGCAGUUAAGGAGAGAAGCCUGGCUCAGAGCUUGUUGAGUCACAAAAACUGCAAGGACAUGUUUGUAGUUGUGUAAGCUCCAGGAGGAAAGAGAGUGGAUUUUGUCGUGAUAACAUCAGAAUCCCGUGUGGAAGAAAGCUUUUUACUGGAUUUGGGCAUUCAUGGUUUAGACUUUCUUAUCUGGUGCUCCCUGUCCUCCCUGCUCAUGAGCACAUGAUUGCUUGUGUGUUCCCUCCCUGGCUGAAUGGGUUCAACCAUUUGAAAAUGCCUCAUUUUGUUGCCCUGCAACUGUGUUAUUGUUCAUCACUGACCUCACUGGCAGUGAUGGCUGGCAGUGUAACUGGGUUAAAAGAGAAUUGCUGUGUCCAGCUCUCUAGCAUGGCAUGCAGUUUUUGCUGCUCCUGACUUUGCAGAGUACCAGUUUGACACCAUCUGAGACAAAAUUGCACAUUAUACAGGAGAUAAAUUUAACGUUUUUCUUCAUCAGAGUUAGGCCUGUGUGUUCUGCUGCUUCAUGGUGUAAGAAGUCCUUGUUUAAUCUGUCAAGGAGAUGUGAACAGACUAACCUGGACCAAAGUUCUCAUUUAUUAUUUCUGAUGCUAUCUAAAACCAGAAAAUUAAAAGGUGUGGGUCUCCUUUAUUAAAAGGCAAAGGAUGUGGAAUUAAGUAAGCAGGUAAGGCAGUGCUCCAGUUUACCUGAAGUUGUGCUUGGGCUUGGAAUUACUUCCAGUUUGAAUAUGAAGUGAUAGCCUGCCAAUGAAGUGUUUGAAAAGAAAGAGGUUGCUGGGCAGGAUAAUUAAGUGUGUUUGAAGAUCAGAUGUGGCCUUCAGCAGCUCUUCUUUUCAAUAUGGAAAUGAGUAGCACUAAAAGUAGGAGCAUACUGGCAGCUCAGGCCAAAAUGGAGCAUUGUGUGUGGGAUACAUAUUGUAGGCUAUAUUCUAGGCUUCCUCUCCUUUAUAACAAUGGAUUUGUUUGUUUGUUUGUUUCUCCAUUUGUUUCAUCUCCUGGCAAUGUGGAAGCCAUCCCUACCUUAGUCAGAGUUGAUCAUUAUCCCAGUGUGUGGCAACCCCUAGAAUAAAGUAAGAGGAGUCUCUAUCAUCUGACAGUGGAGGUUUGAUCAGCUUUUGCCUACAGAAUUCCAUCUUAUUGCUGAAAAUGUGUUUUCGGUCCCACUCAGGGGAGCUCUCAGAUGCAAAAUACUUCACAAAACACUUUCACUGGUUUGCCAGCUGCUUUCACUCUUAUGCUUUUCAGGGAAAGCCAUUGAUACAGCCCAAUCUCCACCUCCCUGUGCCCUGCAGGCAAACACUGUGCAAAGCCCUGAGCCAGGCUUUGAUGUUUCUGGUAGGGCCUGAUGUGGAUUAGCUUGUACAAUUUUAUUGAGGGAAAUGGGAGUGAGUUUUCAGCCUUCCUCAGCCCGGCCUGUCCCAUUCUCCAUUGCACAGGCUGGAACACACAGGAGUACCUCUGUUUACUGGAUGUUAAGCACUAAUAUUUGCCUUCUGCUCCCCAGCUGGAGGCUGGUGAUUUAAGGUACCUUAACAAAAUGUGACUGAAGCCAUAGGAUUGUGAUCAUGUGGAGAAAAUCCGUUUAGUGCCUUUUUUUGUGUCUGUUUCUAGUACAGCACUUGGAGUAAGAACAAGUUGUUUGAACAUAAGCAAUAAACUGUGAUGAGUGUGA